AUGGCGUCUGUUAUUACCAAAAAACCAUGUCUAAAAUGCGAUAAAGGUGCCGGUGUUACAACAUGUGAUGGUUGUCAACAAACAUUUUGCAUCAAACAUAUCAUUGAACAUCGACAAGAACUGACCGGUCAGCUGGAUAACGUUGGACACGAACAUGAUCUAUUUCGACAGGAUUUAAUGCACGAAACCUCGGUACAUCCACUGUUAGUUCGCAUUGAUGAGUGGGAACGAGAAUCAAUUACGAAAAUUCAAGUCAUAGCAGAAACUGCCCGGGCUGAUCUUCGUUUGUUGCUUGAACAGAACAAAACUCAACUGAAAGAAUCGAUGGACAAGGUAACGAAGGAAAUGCAAGCAGGCCGAGAAUUGGACGACUUUACCGAAAUCGAUUUACUUCGGUGGACGGAAGAAUUAAAACAUCUUCGUGAGUUACUUGCUGCAGAGUUACAUGUUCGACUCAUUGAGGACCCAUCAAAAUCUACUUCUGUGCCUAUGAUCAAGAUAUCCGAAGAACAAGGAUUAAAUUCUUCUAUUCUCCGUCGACAUGACAUUGCCGAUUAUAAUCGAGAAGGAAUUGCUCGUGUGAACGAACUGUUUCGAAAUUUUGCAGGAAAAUUAGUAUUAUCAGAAGGUGGAUAUGUUGCAACAUGUAUUGGUUCCUAUUGGGAUGGAUCAACUGUCUAUGGUACUCGCUUAUACUCAUCCGGUCAGCAUGAAAUCCGUUUUCGAAUCGACCAUAAAGGAAGCAAUGAUCUUUUCUUUGGUAUCAAGACUACGUCUGAUGAUUUACCAGUACGAACAUGGACUGGAACCUGUAGUUACGGUUGGUGGGAAGUUGAUCAAGCAAUCGAGAGUGUCAAUGGCCACCGUGUACAUACUGAUCGUGGAGUUCGAACCGGUGAUGAAAUAACUUUAGUUUUAGAUUGCGAGAAUCGAAUGAUUCAAUUCGAACACCAUCGAGUUAAUACAGUUGCUCAUAUGCUUGUUGAUCUUCGAAAAUGUCCUUUCCCGUGGCAAAUAUUAGUCACCCUACGAUCAAAUGGUGAUUGUGUACGUAUAAUCCAAUAG